AUGGUGACUGGGAGGCUGUGCUGGGUACCGCUCCUGCUGGUGCUGGGCGUGGGGAGCGGCAGCGGCGGCGGCGGGGGCAGCCGGCGGCGCCGCCUCCUCGCCUCUAAAGUGAACAAGCACAAGCCAUGGAUUGAGACUUCGUAUCACGGGGUCAUAACAGAGAACAACGACACAGUCAUUUUGGACCCACCACUUGUCGCCCUGGAUAAAGAUGCACCGGUUCCUUUUGCAGGGGAAAUCUGUGCAUUCAAGAUCCAUGGCCAGGAGCUGCCCUUCGAGGCUGUGGUGCUCAACAAGACGUCGGGAGAGGGCCGGCUCCGCGCCAGAAGUCCCAUCGACUGUGAACUGCAGAAGGAGUACACGUUCAUCAUCCAGGCCUACGACUGUGGCACGGGGCCCCAGGAGACGGACUGGAAGAAAUCGCACAAGGCCGUGGUCCAUAUCCAGGUGAAGGACGUCAAUGAGUUUGCUCCCACCUUCAAAGAGCCGGCCUACAAGGCUGUCGUGACAGAGGGCAAGAUCUACGACAGCAUCCUGCAGGUGGAGGCUGUCGAUGAGGACUGCUCCCCGCAGUACAGCCAGAUUUGCAACUAUGAAAUCGUCACAACUGAUGUGCCUUUUGCCAUCGACAGAAACGGCAACGUCAGGAACACGGAAAAGCUGAGCUAUGACAAGCAACGCCAGUAUGAGAUCCUGGUGACCGCCUACGACUGUGGACAGAAGCCUGCAACGCAGGACACCCUGGUGCAGGUGGACGUAAAGCCAGUUUGCAAGCCUGGCUGGCAAGAUUGGACCAAGAGGAUUGAGUACCAGCCUGGCUCAGGGAGCGUGCCCCUGUUCCCCAGCAUCCACCUGGAGACGUGCGACGGGGCUGUGUCCUCCAUCCAGAUCACCACAGAGCUGCAGACCAACUACAUCGGGAAGGGCUGUGACCGCGAGACCUACUCUGAGAAAUCCCUUCAGAAAUUAUGUGGAGCCUCCUCUGGCAUCAUCGACCUCUUGCCGUCGCCCAGCGCCGCCACCAACUGGACCGCAGGACUGCUGGUGGACAGCAGCGAGAUGAUCUUCAAGUUCGACGGCAGGCAGGGUGCCAAGAUCCCUGACGGGGUUGUACCCAAGAACCUGACGGAUCAGUUCACUAUCACCAUGUGGAUGAAGCACGGCCCCAGCCCUGGCGUGAGAGCUGAGAAGGAAACCAUCCUCUGCAACUCAGAUAAAACCGAAAUGAACCGGCACCACUACGCCCUGUACGUGCACAACUGCCGCCUUGUCUUCCUCUUGCGCAAGGAUUUCGAUCAGGCAGACACCUUCCGCCCCGCGGAGUUCCACUGGAAGCUGGACCAGAUUUGUGACAAAGAAUGGCAUUACUAUGUCAUCAAUGUGGAGUUUCCUGUGGUUACCUUAUACAUGGAUGGAGCAACGUAUGAACCAUACCUGGUGACCAACGAUUGGCCCAUUCAUCCAUCUCACAUAGCCAUGCAACUUACGGUCGGCGCUUGUUGGCAAGGAGGAGAAAUCACCAAGCCUCGCUUUGCUCAAUUCUUCCACGGCAGCCUGGCCAGUCUCACCAUCCGCCCUGGCAAAAUGGACAGUCAGAAGGUGGUUUCCUGCCUGCAGGCCUGCAAGGAAGGGCUGGAUAUCAAUUCCCUGGAAAGCCUGGGCCAAGGAAUAAAGUAUCAUUUCAACCCCUCGCAGUCUGUCCUGGUGAUGGAAGGUGACGACAUUGGGAACAUCAACCGUGCCCUCCAGAAGGUCUCCUACAUCAACUCCAGGCAGUUCCCAACCGUGGGUGUGCGGCGCCUGAAAGUCUCUUCCAAGGUCCAGUGCUUUGGAGAAGAUGUGUGUAUCAGCCUCCCCGACGUGGACGCCUACGUGAUGGUGCUGCAGGCCGUCGAGCCCCAGAUCACCCUCCAUGGCACGGACCGCUUCUGGAGACCCACUGCCCAGUUUGAAAGCGCCAAAGGGGUUACCCUCUUCCCCGACAUCAAGAUUGUGAGCACCUUCACCAAAACCGAGGCCCCCGGUGCCUUGAAGACCACAGCCCCCAAAUCAGCAGUUUUUGAAGAAAUGCUUCACAACUUAGAUUUCUGUGACAUUUUAGUGCUGGGAGGGGACUUGGACCCCAAACAGGAGUGCUUGGAGCUCAACCACAGUGAGCUCCACCAGCGACACCUGGACGCCACCAACUCCACGGCCGGCUACUCCAUCUACGGUGUGGGCUCCAUGAGCCGCUAUGAGCAGGUGCUACGUCACAUCCGCUACCGCAACUGGCGUCCAGCUGCCCUGGAGGCCCGGCGGUUCAAGCUCAAGUGCUCGGAACUCAAUGGGCGCUACACCAGCAAUGAGUUCAACUUGGAGGUCAGCGUCCUCCAUGAGGUCAGGGUCUCAGACAAGGAGCACGUCAACCACCUCAUCGUGCAGCCGCCCUUCCUCCAGUCUGUCCACCACCCGGAAUCCCAGACUAGCAUCCAGCGCAGUUCAGUGGUCCCGAGCAUUGCCACCGUGGUCAUCAUCAUCUCCGUGUGCAUGCUAGUGUUUGUCGUGGCCAUGGGCAUGUACCGGGUCCGGAUCGCCCACCAGCACUUCACCCAGGAGUCUGAGGCUGCCAAGGAAGCCGAGAUGGAUUGGGACGACUCGGCACUUACUAUCACGGUCAACCCCAUGGAGAAACACGGAGCCCCAGGGCGUGGGGAAGAUGAGACCGAGGAAGAGGAAGAGGAAGACCUAAGCUCGAGCAGCAGUGACUCCGAGGGCAGUGACGAGGACUAUGGGGUGGGCAGGGGCGGACACCGGCAGGGCGGAGCCGCGCAAGCGCAGCUGGAGUGGGAUGACUCCACCCUCCCCUACUAGUGCCCGCCUUCUGCGCCCGCCCACGUGUCCCUUUUGGAAGCCCCACCCCGAUGUACGCCCCAACCUAUCACGUCGCCUCUGACUUCUAUGACAGGUCCCGGCAGGCCUUCCCCAGCAUCCUGGAGCCCACCCUUUAUGCCUUGGGUACUCCCCACGUCCCAGCCCUGGGGUGGUUCCCAGAAGCCCAGCGUCAUCCUCACUGGGGACUUCAGGGGGGACUUUGUCCUGUGGCCCCCACUUCUCUUGCACUGGGCUCACCCAGCAGCCUGGAUCCGUGGGUACCGUGUUUGCUCUUCCCUGCAGGGGAGAAGGUCAGCCUUCAUGUCGCUCCCCUACCUGGGCUCCACGUUCUCAGGGCCCUGAGGUUCCAACCCCCUGUGUGGGCACUGACUCCGUGGUGUCUCCACACCGACCAUCAGGUUCUUCGCACCUGACUCUCCAGGCUGCUUCCUACAAGCAGGAUGGUCAGACUCCACACACCCGAGGUCUAAGCCCUCAACACUUCAAAGGAACGUCCGUACCGAAUUAAGUUUGCAGGGAAGGGUUUGCCUAGGCUGUCCCCACUGCUCCCUUCCCCCCGCCACACACACGUGCUCUUCCAUUUUGGAGAGCCUUUCCCUUUGUCCUUUUUGAGGCCACAGAAGCUCAUAUGAGAAGUCCGAAGCCAAGAGCAGGCCCUUGGCCACAGCAGGGCCUGGUUCCAGCCAAAGCUCUCUGAGAACCUGCCUUCCUGGCAGCUGCUGAGACCCGCGGUGCUGCCCUGCUGGGGGCUCCCACAGCACGACACCAUGAGGGCCAGGAAGCAUUACACGUAGCCACUGCCCUGGGCGACAGCUGGGACAAGCCUACAGCCAGGGAUCAGAAGGAAGGGCUUCAUGGUGGACGCAGAGCUGGGUGACAGGGGUGGCUGGGCUCUCCUGGGCCAGAGGGCGACCCCAAGGUUGACAAGGCUCUCACUGUCUAGUCUUAGGGUCCCUCAUCCCCUAGUUCACAGUUUUGCCUCUUGAGAAGAAACACUCCUCUUGGAUGUUUUGGAACAAGCAUGAACUGCGCCGAGUCUAAAAUAAGAGUUUGGAGAUUUAACUGCUAGAAAUUAGAAGCAUCUUUGCCAUAA